CGAGUCAAGCACAUGACAGCACAUCAGAGUCGGGUCGAGGAUAUGGCUGUUCAUCCUAGCUUAUCGUAUGUGAUCACCUAUUCCAAGAAGCAUAUUAAGCUAUGGAAUUGGAGUGAGAGCUGGUCAGUUAAAUCGUUUAAAUGCCCGUCUGGAGAAUGGAGGGCAGUAGCAUUUCAUCCGCAGGGGCAGGUCGUCUUCGCCAGUGCCUCAAGUAGCAGGCAAAUUAUGAUAUGGAAUGGCACGAAAGGUGCUCUGAUAAAGACACUCAAAGCGGAGUAUGAGAUGACGACUCUUCAAUUUGCCAGCAGCAAUCACGAGAAGCAUCUACUGAUUGCGGGAUCUUGGGUGGGAGCGAUAGAGGUCUGGAAUUACGAGGACGGAUCUAAGUUGUCCACGCUGGUAGGACUGAAUGGAAGCAUUAGCUCGCUCUUCGUUCAUCCUUGCUUUCCAUAUAUAUUUGCUUCCUCGAGUGAUGGAAAGAUCGCUGCAUGGAAGGACUACAAGUCAGAAAACUACGAGCAAGUUAUGCAUUCGGAUUCUGGUUUGAAGGAAGUCUGCAGCCUGGCUCCCUGUCCCAAUUCCAAUGUGCUUGUCGUUGGAGGUAGGGCAGAGUUCUCCGUGGUGGAGGUGGUUUGGGGAGAAUACGAGAGAGAUGACACAGAUACCAUGGGUGUGGUGACCACAAAUGCGAGCUCUCCCAUGAUAUCAGUGACAACAUGGACGGGGGAGGAAACGACAGACUCUGAGGUGUUACUCCAACAGGCAUCUGAGAAGGAAACGUGGGCACAGGAGGCGAUGGAUGACUCCUUAGGGCUCAGGAGAAGAGCAGCAAGACAGCAAGAAGACAAGAUUCAGUCUCAGGAGUUUGAAAAGAGUUUGAUGCAGGCAAGGAUAGCGGAGCUGGAAGAGGAGUCUGAGAAAGACAGGCAGAAGACGGAACAGCUGGUUGCUUCUUUAGAGGAAAGCCAAAGAACAACAGCACUGCAAUCAAAGAGGAUCCAAGAGCUGGAAGAUGAGGCGAGCAUGGCAACGGCAAUGAUAUUCCACUUGGAGGAUGAAGCUGCGAAAGAGAAGCAGAAGAAAGAGGAGUUGGUUGAAUCCUUAGAGGCCAGCAAUAGAGCAGAACGGUUGCAUGCAGAGAGCAUCCAGCGGCUGGAGUCUGAGGCGAGGGUGAGGCAAGCUAGGACAUUAGAGAUGGAGCAGGAUUCAGAGAGACAGAAACAGAAGGCGAAUGAGUUGGCGGCAACUUUAGAGCAGAGGACAAAUGGAGCAAGACUGCAAGCAGAGAGGAUCCUACAGCUGGAAGCUGAGACGAGUGCGAUGAAGGAGGAACGUGAGGGAUGGAAGCAGAAGAUCCAAGAGUUGGCAGCAUCGUUAGAACGUAGCGAAAAAGAAGCAUGGGAGCAGAUAGAGAAAAUACACAUGUUGGAGGCUGAGGCAAGUGUGAUGGAGGCCAAGAUAUUAGAGAUGGAAGGGGCAUCUACGGAGCAGCAGCACAAGAUACAACAAUUGGAACGAGAACUGAGCAUCGAGGCCCUUCGAGUGCGAGUAUUGGGGCAGCCGGUUGGGUUGGGUGAGGAUUCACGAAUGGUGGAUCCUACUGAGUUCCGAGAGUAUUCACCAAAUCGGCUUCGGUCUGCAACGGACAACUUCGAUGAGAACAUGAAGGUCGCCGAAGGGGAGCAUGGAUAAGCGCUUUUUUUCCUUCACUCGAACACAUCAAGGGAAGGUAAUCCUGAGCCUAUAAUCCACGGUGCCAUCAAGCCUGCUAACAUCCUUCUGGACGACAACUUUGUGGGCAAGCUCAGUGGUGUGGACUGUGCUUUGCUGCGUGAAAAACUGGCUGCAGCCAAUCAAAGGCCAGAACUUUGCUUGCAGCUGGAAAGUGGUGGGCGGUACAUUGCCCCGGAGUACCUCAGGGUUCGUGUUUUCACUGAGAAGACGGACAUCUACGCAUUCGGGGUAACUGUCCUGGACAUGCUGACAGGGAAAUCGCAGAGUGCAUCAGAGUCAGAUGAAGAAGUGUUUGAGAACGUAGAUUUAAGCGAUGAGGCUGCUCUGAGGAAUGUUUUAGACCCGAACGCGGGAGUGUGGGAUGUUGAGUUGGUCCGAGAAGUGAUCGAACUGGUGCAGCGCUGUGCGAGUUUAGAUAAAAGAUAUCGACCACAGAAGGAGGUAAUUCUCGAGACACUGGAGAGGAUUGCUUGUGGGCUACCAGCCCCGAACACGGGGCAGGAUACGGAACAGGGAGGAGAUUUUGGAAGCAUCGAUCAAUCUCUGUUCCUCCCGGACCACCUGGGCAAUGUCUGAUCACUCAUGAACUUCAUGGUGAAUAAGGUACAUAAGAUCGGAAGAAGGCCUAUAGCUUGUAAGACAUGCAAGGAUUG